AUGUCUCCUACACCACGAGCUCCGACGUCCAUUGAAGAGCUCACGGUACUCUUGGAAGAUGAUCACAAGGUAAAGGUCGCAGUGGAUGGUGUCCUCAGAGGAAAGUUCAUGUCGAAGGACAAGUUCCUCAGCGCAGCCUCCUCAGACGGCUUCGGAUUCUGCAGCGUGAUUUUCGGCUGGGACAUUCAUGAUACCGUCUAUUCUCGCGAGCUUCUCAUCUCAAAUAGGGCUAAUGGCUACCGCGACCUUUUGGCAAUAAUUGAUCUCUCCACGUACCGCCGCAUUCCAUGGGAGCAUAAUGUGCCCUUCUUCCUUGUCUCCUUCCUCGACCCAGACACCAAGGAGCCAAUCUGUGCGGAUCCUCGCGGGGUCAUGAAACAGGUUGUCGAACGAGCUGGAUCAAAGGGCUGGCAAUGUUAUGCCGGUUGUGAAUACGAAUACUUCCAAUUCAAAGAAACGCCCGAUAGCCUAGCAGCGAAGAAAUUCACUAAUCUGCAACCACUGACCUCUGGCAUGCAUGGAUACUCUCUGCUGCGAACACAGCUCAAUAAUGAUUAUUUCCAUGAUCUAUUCGACGAAAGUUUUAAAUUCGGGGUACCGCUUGAGGGCCAUCACACCGAGACGGGACCCGGUGUGUACGAAACCGCCCUGGCUUACACGACAGCCUCGCGCAUGGCAGAUAACGCGAUCUUGUUCAAAUACCUCGCCAAGAGCAUCGGCAUGAAGCACGGCGUUGUUCCCAGCUUUAUGGCGAAACCGUGGGGCAAUCUGCCUGGAUGCAGUGGCCAUAUCCAUGUUUCCCUGAGGGAUGAGAACGGCAAGAGUAUAUUCGCCGUGCCAGACUCAGAACUGCGGACAGGUCGGGCGGACGCUGCAUAUCCGGACACGAAGUUCCUCAGCCAAGAGGGUGAAUGGUUCUUGGCGGGUGUCCUUGACGGAUUGCCGGACGUCAUGCCGAUGCUCGUGCCCACCAUUAACGGGUACAAGCGGCUUGUGGGUGGCGAGGCCUUCUGGGCGCCGAACGCCGUCACGUACGGAUACGACUCCCGCGCAGCCUCUGUGCGCAUCAUCUCGCCACCCUCGGUGCCGCCCGCCGCAACACGCCUGGAGGUCCGCGUGCCGGGCGCGGACAUGAACCCCUACUUUGCCCUUAGCGCCGUGUUCGCGCUAGGCUUCCGUGGCAUUGAGAAGAAACUCAAACUCCCGGGCCCACCUGUCGGCCAGUUAACGCUGGAGGACAAGCAGGAUGGGAAGGUGCGGAUGCUCCCGCAAUCUCUCGAGUCUGCCACGGCGCGCAUGAUGCGCCCCAACAGCAUCGCACGCGAAGAGAGCGUAUUCGGGGAAGACUUUGUGGAGCAUUUUGGCGGCACACGCCAGCAUGAGGUGAGACUGUGGAACGAAGCAGUGACGAACUGGGAGGUGGAACGGUAUCUGGAGCUUGCUUAGCUUUGGCCCUGUGUAACAAUGUGGUGGGAGAUUGCGGCCCAUCCUAUAUGUAAUAAAUAUAAACUUCGACCACGGGAACUGCUGGUACAAGUACUGCUUGCGAAUGGUUAACUAGCAUCUAUCG